ACAUGGGAUAGAGGUCUCUGGAAGUUGCACCGCUGCAAACCGGGAGCAUCAUUGUCGGAGACGGGCAUCGCACUGUCCCGCGAUCAGAUGAUGGACGCAUUUUUGACACAGCUCUAAAGAAAAUUGACCCCGGAGCCCUGUUGCCACAUUAGAAACAACUGUGAUGGAUUUCCCCCUAAAAACAAUCAACUGUGUGUCGAUUCUGAAGUGAGCGAGAAAGUGAUGCUGCUCUGUCGGUCAAAGGGAAUGAAAAUCACUCUGGAUUAUAAGUCUUGUUAUGAUGCUCCAAACUGCGUGUGUACAUUCGCUCAAGCAGGUAUUUGAAAAGUUGCCUCUGAAAUAAGCGCCCGAAAAUCUUCGUUUGGAGGUGAAGACUUGUAAAACAACUCAAAUGGAGUUGUCUCUGGUGGUUUUUACGGUUGUGUGUUGGGUCUCCGUAUGGUCGGACGACAGGAUCAUCUCAGACAGACAUGCGGUCUACUGGAACAGCUCAAACUCCAGGUUCUGGCAGGGCGAAUAUACGGUGGCUGUGAGCAUCAACGACUACCUGGACGUGUACUGUCCGUAUUAUGAGAGCCCGCAGCCGCACAGUCGCAUGGAGCGCUACAUCCUCUUCAUGGUCAACCAUGAUGGUUACCUGACCUGUGAGCACCGCAUGAGGGGCUUCAAGCGCUGGGAGUGCAAUCGGCCCCAGAGUCCUGACGGACCCCUGCGCUUCUCGGAGAAGUUUCAGCUCUUCACCCCCUUCUCGCUUGGCUUUGAGUUCCGGCCUGGACAUGAAUAUUAUUACAUCUCCUCUCCUCAUCCCAACCACGCUGGCAAACCAUGUUUAAAGUUGAAGGUGUACGUGAAGCCUACAAGUUCGGGCUACGAGUCUCCAGAGCCCUUCCUGACUGAUCAGAGCCAGCGCUGCGGGGCGGACGGCCCGUGCCUUGCUGUGCUGAUGCUGCUGCUGGUGUUUCUGCUGGCCGGCGUUUAGGAAGCUCCUCCAGACUGUCUGCCCUCUCCCUACAUCUAUACUCCCUCAGGGAAGCCCUCUCUCAUCCAGACCCCCAGACCAUAGGCUACUGCGCCGUCAUCCUUUUUUUUUUUGUAACCGAACAAGCUCCUCGCAGACCAGUCGAGGACGGAGACGUUCGCGCUGCUUUUGCAGUUUUGUGGAAUGUGACCUUUUAUAUAUGCUGUCAUGUAAUCGAGGCUUGUAUUCAUGUGCCAUUUCGUCACGUUUCAGGGCGUCGCGGUUUACAAAAGAUUUCAGACACUCAUUUGGAUUGUCCUAUCGGCCCCCCACAUCAUUUAUAAACCACAUUCAGCCCUAGAAUUAAAAGGGGAUUUCCCUCUCAACACCAAAGGACUCUCUUCAGAGUUUUAGUUUUAUUUUUUGGUUGAAGGGAGAGAAGAAAUGUGUUUUGUGGUAGCCAGCAGCUAGGAACUUAGUGUUAGACAUUCACAUGCAUGUGAAACACUGUGAAACUGAUCUUCUUACAAUAGUAACAAUAUAUUUUUAUUAGCAAAAAAAUCAACAGAAGUAGACCUUUUAGCCACUCUUCUGGUGUAAGGCUCAGCUGGUGGAUCAGACGCAGCCAAAUUCAGAGCUCACUGCUGGACGUCACCUCAAAAACUGUGGCCGGAUGAGGACUUUGAAUCUCUGAAAUGAGAAUAAAUGCUUUGGUGCAAACCCAAAUGCCGCUUAAAAAUAAAAAAACUCUGCAUUACUAUUUUUUUUUCCAGCUCCGCGGGACAAACAAGCAAUGAGUGUUGCAAGAGUAAAACGAUCUGCGAGGAUCAGGGACUAGCCACUUUUAAUUCACCGGCGCACGCACUGCGGGCAUGGACGAAAAGGAAAUGGAUUUUUUUGUAUUCUAUUUCAUGUUAUUUUUGUAGCAUUUAAAAGCAACAUUAAUUAUUCAUGUGAUAUGAGGAACGGUUUUAGCGUCUUGAGUGGCGAUACAGUGUGUGUGUGUGUGCGUGUGUGUGUGAGUCAGCAGCAGGACGCUUUCACUCUCUCACUCUUAUACUGUUGUUAUUGUGGUCUUGUCAAACUGUAUUCAGUAUUUAAAGAGACAGAAAGCAUUUCUUUCCAUCUGAUUUGAUUGUGUCCUCUUUUUCAUGUGACGUUUUGUACAGCCAACAUGUUCUGUCGAACUAAAGAAACAUGCUGAAAUGGAAAAACAAAAAAUAAAGCGUUCUUUUUUUGUCUACGAGGUGCACUCAUGUGAUAGAAGGAUGCAUUGUUGACAAGUGACAUUUUGGCUUGGCUUUGUAUGGCAUGGAUGUAAAGCUAUAUUAAAUAUUUUACAAUA